UGUCAAGACCUGCAUAACUGUACCAUGUCAUACCUAGGCAGGCUGCGGGCCACGUACAGAAUGGACUAACGCGAGCUUUCAGUCUCUGCCUACAGACAGCCAGCCUCUCUGCGUUCUUUUCAUUAUAUUUUCCCCCUCCACCCACAGACCGCGAGUAUUGUAUCAACUCUACGUAAAUGUCAUCAACAUGGAACCCGAUGAGGAAAAGUCUUGGCUUUUUGAGGAGUUCUAUUCGUCUGAGCGACUAGAGAAAUCAAUAGGAACUCUUCAGAGUGCGUUCACUCUCGCGAGGAUCUACGUUCUAAUCCUCCACGCAAUCAUCUUUGUUCUUAUCAUCGGAAUCUUCGUCACUGCAAACUCUGCGAAGUCCUGUCAGGGUGUGGCAGUGACUCAAAGUUGGUCUCCCGUACAAGAGUACAUCGAGUAUGAAUUACAGAGGGAGUACGCUUCAGAAGACACCCAUAGCAAUUUCUCCGGCCCCCCUACGGCAGAACAAGACAAAGCCUGGGAUGAACUAGUCAAACCCUCCUUUUUUAAGGUAACCCGAGAAGAGCUAGAGAAGGCUGGCUCAACCUUCGAUAAAAUCGCUCAGUUGACGGAUGGCGGAUACGUUGCUACCCUCGGCGUAUAUCAUGAACUCCAUUGCGUGCGCCAAUUACGAUUCUAUCUAUCAAAAGAGAGAUACUACCCGCACCUUACGCAAGCUCAAGCAGAUUACUUGCAUCAUCAUCUAGAUCAUUGCCUUGAGGCUCUGAGAUAUACCGUGAUGUGCCACGGCAACACAGCGUUGCGGUCAUUUGCGUGGACUGACCCGCAAGCAGUGCUUCCAAAGGCACAAUCGAAUUCUCAGUCGAGUUGCGUGAAGUGGACUUCUAUCUACGAAUGGAGCGAAUCUAGGAUGGUGCCCUAUAACCCGUCUUUGGUCAAACCAGUUGGCAAGUAGCUUUUGUUUCCGAAUUAGUAGGUAGCCUGCGGUAGUCGAUCUAGGAGCUAGACUGCUCGGAGAAUGUAAAUACUUCACACGAUAUUACAAGAACAGUCGUAGAACUAAGUUUAAGACCAUUUGUGGGGGAUUUGUCGUUUCUAGUAAAUGUUAACAGCUUUGAUAGCGGUGAAAUUCAUCUCACAUUGUUACUAAUUUUAACAUUUAUCUUAUUGUCA